UUACGGUAAUUAUUUUUAUUUUACGUCACAACUAGACAGGAAGUUGCUUUGCAACGAUGCUUUGGUUGUUGUGUGUGUGGAAGCUCUGUGUGUGUAUGUUGACAGCAGCAGACUAGUCGUUAAUGUUCAUUUUAGGUAGGUAAACAUACUGUUGCUAAAAGGCAAAAAGAAAACUGGCCAGUAGGAAACGUUUCCAGCAGUUUAUAGCAGGUAAAUUAAAGCUGUUGAUACACCACUGGCAGGAAGAUGUCGAAUUGUACUUUCCAGGCACAGCUGGUGUCCAUCAUGGAAAUACUGGCCAAGGCGGCCGUAGCAGAGAUCAACCGACGAGUGAACGACAGCUGCGCGGUGAUCCGCCUGGAAAUGAGACGGAGUCAGAGGGACAUCGAUGCUCUGAAGAGAAAAUACCAUGUCAUGGAGAACGAACUGCGGAGGACAAAGGGACGACCAAGGAAAAAAGUGCCGUUGUGUGUGGUAUCGGAUCGAUACACUCCGACUCCUAGAAGUGUGUCUAUCCAAAACCGGGCGUGUGUGUGGAGUGAAGAACACACCACCGUUAUUCCAGAGCAGAGGCAACCACCACUCGUGCAAGACACACUUGUCCCUCAUCCUUCUUCUGAUGUGGCUCCUUUGAUCAAAGAGGAGACGGAAGAGGACAAUAUGUGGGGUAGGGAGGGAGACCAGGUGACCUUUUCCCACCAAGGACCAGACGGAGCAGCCACCGCGGAGGAAGUGUCUCACACACCACUGGAUGGGCAACAUGGCCCACACACACACACCACACACACAGGAGAGCAGGAGGCCCAGGUCACUGUGGAGGUCCAGGUGAAGUUCGAAGAGGAGGAAGAGGGUGGUGGGAGGAAGGAAGAAGAGGAGGAGGACAAAAAAGAGGAGCGGAACGAUGGGGAAGCCACAGAAGAACAACAGCAGCAGCAGGGCUUGGGGCAAGGAGAGUUCAGCAUGGAGCAGCAUGGGGGGGCCUCCCUGUGGACAACAUCCACCAGUGACUUCAGCACAGAAACGUACACACACACCCAGCCUCUGUCUGUGCCCCCACUGCCAACUCCACCCCCUCCCCCCCCCCUCAUAGGACCCACCACCAUGGAACAAAACUCUGCCAUGUUGAUGGCCAGGAACACGGGCCGUGCCAGGUGGGGCGUUCAGGGUGACGGACAGGAGCCAUGUGGCAGCCGGCCCCAGGCGGGCUUCAGAACUGGAGGUGGGCCUGCGCUGGGACUGAGUGGUUUUCGCGGCAACAAUGGUGUUGGCAUCGGUGGUUUCAGCAACAACGCCACUGCCACUGUUGGGUAUCAGACUGGCGCCUUGCGCCGUCUCCGGCCCCACCAGUGGCGCUCCGUCGGACCCACGGCAGGGUCUUCAUCAACCUCAUCCUCUUCCUCGCUGUGUGCGGAGCGGCGCGUGUACGUCUGCUCGUUCUGCCCCAAGAGCUUUGCCCGUCUCAGCCAGCUGAAGGAGCACCUGCGGAGUCACACGGGUGAGAAGCCCUUCAGCUGUGCCACCUGCGGCCGACGCUUCACCAAGCACUGCAACCUGGUGCGCCACGCCGUGGUGCACAGUGGUGAGAAGCCCUACCGCUGCCCCACCUGUGCCAAAUGCUUCACCCAGAGCUCCAGCCUCAAGUCGCACCAGCGCACCCACCUGAUGCCCCACCACAGAGAGGGGGCGCUAGUGAGCCGCGCCCAGUUCAGAGGGGCGCUGCUCUCGGGGGCUGGAACAUCCCAAAGCUACAGGGGCUUCACAUAGGACGCAGAACAGGGGGCGGAUUAGAGGAUCAGUCCAUGAUUCUACUCUAGUAUACUCUUUGUCUAAUUCAGCUGAUUGCUCCUCACUGUCCUCUAGCUGUUGGUUCUGUGUGUGUGUGUAUUUAUGUUUGCAAAGCAGAAAUGGUGUUUGUACACAGUCCUGGGUCUGUAAAUGGGGAAACAAAUGUAGUAGCUCCGAGUGAGCCAUGAACUAUUCCAACCAAGUAACAUGAUGUAGAUUUAUUUGAUUGGCUGUUGAGCUAAAUAUCAUCAAUCUUUGGUCAGAAUCGCAGACUACUUUAAAUAUGGAGAAAGGAUAGACAGGGUUGUUCUAUAUCAUUUAAUUUGUGAAUCUUAAUAAUGGUGUGUCCUAAUGCGACUGCAGAUGGUCCUUUGCUCUUCAGGUGAAAGCAUAUUUCUGUACAUUACUCAUUCUGUGUUCAUCUGUAUUUCUGUGGCUGAUGAUGUAUGCCACAGAUGUCUCAAUUUUGUUUAAUUAAAAAGGGCAUGACCUUUUAAAGGAAA